AUGACCCAGACACCUACCGAAGUCGUUGGCGAGGGCGUGCCUGCAGCGCAGAAGAGCAGCUGGGCAUCUUUCCUCAAGUCGAUUGCUUCAUUCUCAGGCGACCUGUCCUCGUUGACGGCGCCACCUUUUAUCCUCUCGCCCAUCUCGCUUACUGAGUUUCCCGCCUACUGGUGUGAACGACCAGCGCUCUUCUCUGCGAUUGCGGACGCGGAAACGGACGAACAGCGUUCAAUCUUAGUCCUUAGGUGGUUCAUCAGUACCCUCAAAGGUCAGUAUACCUCACGUAACGAGAAGUUGGGCUCGGAGAAAAAACCUCUUAACCCUGUACUCGGAGAGCUUUUCUACGGAUCAUGGCCAGACCUGAAUGGUCGAGGACAGACGAACUUGGUGGUCGAACAGGUGUCCCACCAUCCGCCAAUUACAGCAUACUACAUUUCAAAUGACAGCAAGGGCAUCCGGCUCCAGGGGCAUAGCGCACAAAAGACGAGCUUUUCUGGUGGGAGCAUCAUAGUGAAGCAGAUCGGGCACGCAGUGUUGACAGUUGACCUGCCAUCCGGUGGACAGGAGGUAUUCCUGAUCACGCUGCCGCGCCUGCGCAUUGACGGGUUGUGGUACGGCUCGCCUUACAUCGAGCUCACUGAGACGUCGUAUAUCCAGAGCUCCACGGGUUGGCUGUCGACGAUGGAGUACAGAGGCAAAGGUUACUUCACUGGCAAGUCACACGUCUUCAAGGCAUCCUUGUGCCCGCCCGGCUCCGAGACGCCGCGCCACGUCUUUGAGGGUCUCUGGCACAUGACAUCGAAGAACGUGCUUACCGGCGAGCUCUUCACGGAUGUCACGAGCCCAAAGGAGGAGGUCACUGUGCGCCCCUUGGAGGAGAUGGAGGAUUUCGAGAGCAGGCGCCUCUGGCGCUACGUCUCGAAGGGCAUCAGAGAGGGUGACUUCGAGAGCGCUAGCGUCGCGAAAAGCAAGAUAGAGAAUGACCAGCGGCAAAUGCGGCGCGACGAGCUCGCCGCUGGGACACGGUGGGAACUGAAGCACUUUGACCACAUUGAUUCUGACCCGAUUUACGAGCACCUCGGCAAACUCUUCAAGGCCAACCCGCCUGCGGAGGAUGCCUAUAUAUUCAGACACAACCACGAUCAUAGCGAUAUCAUACGUUCGUGA